UUCACUAAUUUAGAUUUCACUGCAGAAUAUAAGGUAGGUUAAUUAAAAUAAUCUACUGCAACAAAAUGAACCAGUACUCAUGAUCAUACUUCAUGAUUCUGCAUAAUAUAAAAGUAUUAUUGACAUUAAAUAUAAUUUGAUAGUAACUCUUUUGUACUGUUUGGCCGUUUAAAUAUGAUUAUUGCUUCUGUUUGAGUAAAUUUUAAAAUGUUUGAGUGUGACGUCACGGGGCCGCGAGUGGGAGAAAAAACAUGGAUGAAAGGGGAAGAAACGCAGUCAAUCUGUCCUCCUUUCCCUACAUCGUUAUAUUGAUUUGAGUCCGUACUGUGAGCAGACAACCAGCAGGAGGAGGAGGACUGCGGAGCUCAGUCACUUCCGCACCAUGUGAGCCACCGGGACUGAAGCUCAUUUGCUCCCGCUUGAACUCCACAUCCUCCGGUAUACAGAAGCAGCACCCCGGCCCAGCAAAGACUUCCGCACCCCAUCAUCAGUGCGCUCCAGUGGGAGAAAGGAGGCCCGCAGCUCAGUGCACGCAGCGGCCGCGCACAGGGACGGUCCCCGGCUAGGAGCGCGGACCGGCCGGCAGCAUGUCUGCUGACGUGGCGGUGUCUUUGGCGGUGCUCGCGGGGAUCGUCGUGCUGAGCGACGUGACCCGCAAGUUGCUGGCUCGGGCCCUAGCAGACACCGGGCUCUCCGAGUACGCGGUGGAGCUCGUGUCCACCUUCCAGCUGUGCUGCUGCACCCACGAGCUCAAGCUGCUGUCCGAGGUGGGCGGCAUCGAGCCUGGUCUCGCGCUCACCUUCACGUAUCUGGCGUCGGUGGUUCACGGGCUCACCUUCAGCGGGGCGAUCGGGAACCCCUCCGGUGCGCUCGAGCGCGCCUACCGCGCCAAGUUGUCGGGCUCCCGCGCCCUGCGGAGGAUCGCGUGCCAGUUCGCGGCGGCCGCCGCUGCACGCGCUGCGGUGCCGAGGUUGUGGGGGGUCGGGCUGUCGAGACUGCACGCGCGACACAAGCUGUUCGGGUUCCGAUGCACCAGCCCCAUCCACGCGCCCCUGCACGAGGCCGCUGCGGUUGAGCUCGCGUGCGCCUUUGCGGUUCAGACUGUUAUCACGCACACGCAAUCGGUGGAGGAGAAAUACCGCGUGCACGCCGUGGCUGCGGUCAUCACCACAGCGGUUUAUGCAGGUGGCAGCGUGACCGGAGCUGUCUUUAACCCAGCGCUGGCCUUCUCCACACAGUUCCCCUGCAGUGGACACUCCUUCCUCGAGUACUGCCUGGUCUACUGGCUGGGCCCGCUGCUCGGGAUGAUGAGCUCGGUGCUGCUGUUCGACAAACUCGUCCCUGCGCUCUCAAGAAAACCGUCGCCUCCCCAUCUUCCCACGGAGAGCAAGAAGAAGGCGUGAGCGUUGCAGGACGGCGAUUUUCAGGUGAAGCUGUUAGUGACGGACUGUCAACCUGCUGCUGAGAAAGAAGGAAGAAGAACGGCACAUAUGCACUUCUUUUUAAGGGAAACCAGAAGCACAUCUAAGAAGUUCAACACAAAAUUAGCUUUUAAACUUAUGAACAGGGCAAUGGACGCCAACAUUUUACUUUCAAUCAAACUUGUAGAACUUUUUGUAUUUUUAAUCCGGAGUCAACACACUGACCUUUUUUAGGGUUACUAAAAUAAUGUUUGCAUGAGUUUUUUUUAAACGACUGGAACCACAGAGGUGAUAUAAAGGACACAGAUGUGUUGUAACCCUGCAAACAAAUGUUAUACAGCAAAAUACACUUAGCCCCUAUUUUAUGUUUAAAUCAUUUUUUAAGCUAUUACACUAAUCUGACAACUGCAAACUGAAAAUGUGAUGUAGCGUAAUAUUGCAACAACCUCAUUAGUCUGUCUUUGAGUAAAGGAUCUGUGUAUUUUAGUCAUAUUUUACCUAAUAUAACAUUCCUGAGCCAUGCACAGUGUAGGAGUGUACAUGCACAUGUCUGUUAGUUUUUGCACAAUUGCAGUUAGUGCCUUUGAGCUCUUUGUAAAUACUGUACAUGCAAAAAUAAACUGUGUAGUCAGUGCUGAUUGGUUGUUUCUUUGAUCCUGGGAAGGGUUCUGCAAAAACGUUAGUGUAUCCAAAGAAGCCACGAAAAAUUAUUAGCUUCAUACUAUGAAAGCUGUCCUGAAAUUUUGCACAUUUCAGGGCCGAAAAACACAUUUAAGCCAAAUCCAAGUGUCAGUCUGAACACAUCUGUUGCUGUUCAGCCAGAUUUUCCUCUAUAAAUAUGCAUCAGUUUUAUGUUGAUACCAUAAAGCAGGGGUCUCAAACUUAACAAGCUGUGGGCCACUGCUGGCACUGCCAUCUCAUUGGAGUUCCACUUUAGUGUUCAAGUAGUACCAGAAAAACAAAAAAAAAAGAAAACACCUCAUAAUUGUGUUCGUAUUUAACAAAAUAAAAACGCAGACAUAAGUGUACACAUCAGUUUUUGACUCUCACUGGACUAACACAGCCAAUCCCUCAGCAUGUUUGUGCUCUCUGCUCUUGUUGCCUUCAUAUUAAAAAACUCAACAACAAACAAAUCCUCCCUAACAAAAAAAAGUAACUUCAAGGACCAAAUUCUAUUAUAUUUCUUCACGUCAAUAUAUGGGCCGCAAAUAGGUGUGACGUGGGCCGCGAGUUUGAGACCCCUGCCGUAAAGUUUGAUCUGUUUUCUGAUGAUUAACUGAAGGAAACUUCAAAAGUUGUUUCCAUUUUGCCAUGUGGGAUACACGGCUGCUCAAAUAAGUUAAAUAAAGAUCUUUUUGUGAUUUUUUCUGUGCAGAUAAUCUGCAAGAUGGAAAACUCUCACAAGCCGAUGCAAUAAUUGGCUCAUUCACUCUUUUAUGAUUACCGUUUAUGAUAAAGUCCAUUAAACAUUUGCAAAAUUCAAGACUCAAUCCAGUGUUAAGAAAAUAUAAUUUUGUGAGAUUACACUUCCCUUUUUGACUGACCUUAGCGAGAACUCAGACAUGUUCGACCAUGCAAAGCUGAAAAUUACUCAGGUGCUUCUAUCAUAUACAAAUCAUUAAAACAAAAAAAAAAAAAGAUUUGCCACCAGAGGCUCCUGGUGCUGCUCCUCACAUAUCCAAAUGAGUGGGCAUUCACUGCCUGUUCAAUGACAGCUGAGGAGGAAGUGCAGGAUGUGUACUGUGAGAUUAUUAUAUUAUCUUAUGCCAUGUUAUACCCCUAAUUAAAGAUUGUGAAACUAUUAUGUAGUUUUAGUUUGCAU